AUGGAAUGUCCAUCAUUUUACUUUGCUCUUGGGUCUUUAUUUAUGCUUGGGAUUUCCCAUUCCGGGAGCUAUUUGUCUCUUCACAUAGUCUCAUCGAUAUCGCUUCUAGUCUUUAUGUACUCCCGGGAAAAGGCCCGAAGAAUCAAUCUUGAGACAAAGAUUCUCAGGCAUAGUGACCUUGUUCUCCUCUUUGGAAGUCUAUUCCUUGAAAGUCUUUUUGUUUCAAGGUCUACAGGAUACCUCGGGGCUCGAGUCUUUAAGAUCAUGGCAGCAUGCGGACUAGUCCUUUCGAUUGCAUUUUUUCACAUCACUCUGGGAUAUGUUGGUGAGAACAAGUCUGAAAGAAAAAAAAUACAAAGAAAUGGGCCAUACAGAUAUGUUAGACAUCCGCUAUAUUCAUCUCUAAUUUUGCACUGGAUAUCUUGUUGUAUCUACCUUUCUUGCUUUAUUUCUCUUGCAAUAUUUCUCUGGUUUGUAAGCAGCUGGAUCAUUCCACGGAUAAAGGAAUAUGAAAGAGAACUGAUUUCAGCUUCUCCAGAGUACACAGAGUACAGAAAGAUAGUCUGGUCUGGAAUUCCAAUGUACAAAUGA